GAGGCUGAUGCAAAGCUAGAAGCGAAUGGAAGUAAAAGCUGACAGGCGUUCUACCGACGUGACUAGCGCACGGCCGCGACUGGCUUUCCCGAAUUUGCCAGACACAUUGUUGGCCUUGCCACGAACAGGGCCGACCUCCCAUUUGAGCCACAAGGUCUUGGUGUCUCAAGAGAGCGCAGCCAAGAGGUUGAAACCACCGAAUCGCAAAGCUGAACAGUUCACAUUGCCGACCACACCAGCGCUCUCUGCAAGACGACUGGCAAAUCUGGGGUCGUUGAGACUCACAGAUACUGCAUCUUCUAGUCUAGUGGUUUUGCUGAGUGCUCGGGAGACAAGGAGGGAUGGUAUACUCAAAGGUCUCAUGAGAGAGCGCAAGGCACCUCCUCCACCAUUGGAGAGGGACGAUGGAGAGCGAGCCCUACAGGAGUUGAAGGCCACUGGAGAUCCUGAGUUCCGCUUGCCGACAGCCGAUGGUACGCUUUUCCCGCAUGCUGCGAGCCCACUCAAGACUCCAACAGCAACUCCAAUCGAUGAGCAGGCAUGGACACCCUUGCCAAAGGAGCAGG